AUGGCGUCCCUCUUCAAUCUGAAGGCCGAUCUCGAGGCGGCUCUUCCAGAUAUUGCAGAACCACAACAUUACGUCUUCACCUCAAAGAACAGGGAAGCAAAGAAACUCAAGCCUCGGAGCUCCCCCAAGCCCAAGACGUACGGCGGCAUUAAAAAGGCCCAGAAAAAGAAGCAGGACAAGCAAGUUCGAAGAUUCAACCAACCACCCCAGAGACUCAUGUCCCCAAGCACCUUGAUUGAGACCCUUGAGGUCGCCUUGCCGGACGGGUUCACUCACCCUGACGACAACACUAUCGCAAACAUCAUCACAGGCACGGUGGCCAGCACCCUCAGCCGCACGCUGCGCCUCCACGGCCAGCUCCUCAUCGACGUCCCUCGCAUCCACGCCUUUGCGCAAGCCCUCUUCGUCGCCAUCGACUAUCAGGCAGAAGUCUUCGACGCCAUAGACUAUCCAGGAGAAGACCCUCGCGUCAAAUACUUUUCUGAGGUUGCACAGAUCAUCCGUCGGGAUGGGAUUACGGGCGGCGCCUUGGAAACCUUCUCGAUGGCUCCUAUCUCGGCUGACGCGUGCGACAAGAUGCACCAGUACUUCGUCACUGCUCGGAGUCUGUACCUCAAGACCCAUGGACCGGCAUACAAUGGAUUUUCGGGGUCCACCUCCAAGACUAGGUUUCUCAUCAAGUUGGUGGACCGCUAUAUGUCGCGUAUGGCGUGUGAGAAUUAG